AUGGAUUUACAGCAGCCGAUUUUCUUCUCCUUGGAUGUACACCAACAUGAAACUCUGUCAGCUAAAGUCGUCUCCAGGUUGUCUAGAAAGGCUGCCUCUACAUCAGUGGUGACCACCUCCGACUCAGAAUCCGGAAACUUCUCGGGUGAAUCGGAACUUUGCAUGGAACAUGAAUCAGACCUGGACUGGUUCUGCAGCUCCGAGCAGAAACUUAUAUGCUUGCACUGCACCAUAGUGGGAUCCUGCCAGAGCCACACAGUGACACCCCUGGUCAGCAGAGUGACAGGCGUUAGGAACCAACUGGUUAACAUAUGUGAGAAAAUGCAGCUGCAGGCCCAGCGCAUGGAGCGCUUUAUCAACCAGACCCUGACUGCCAAAGAGCGGGCACUGCAGGUAGAGGCGAGCGGGGCUCGGGAGCAAGUGGUGGCCCAGGUCAGUGUGGUGAGGGAGGCGGUGGAGGAGGAGGAACAGCGGCUGCUGGAUGCGGUGCAGAGGGAGGAGGAGAGGGUAGAGCAGUGCCUUCUCACCCAGAGAGCCCACUGGGGCCAGGCCCUGGCUAUGCUCACACAGACGCGCACACGUCUGGUGCACACCCUCACAAACACACCGGACAUACAGCUGGCAAUUGGAAAGCAGCCGCGGUCUUCCCCCUCUGACAGCAAACUCAUGAGGGGCCUGUGGGCCAGCGCCAUACUGCUGGGACCAACUGCUUAUGGUUCAGCAAAUCUGACAUUUGACCAGCGUACUGUCAGCUCCGCACUUUCCCUCUCAGAAGACCUUUGCACUCUGACCUUCCUGCCUAAGUGGUCACGCCAGUCCCCGCCCUACAACCCAGCGCGCUUCGACUGCUGGCCCAAUGCGCUGGGCACCCUGGCCAUCUCCUCCGGCACCCACAGCUGGGUGAUUGACAUGGGUGAGAGCGGGGCCUUCAAGGUGGGGGUAUGCUACUCCAGCAUGGGGCGCAAGGACUCGGGCAACGACUCCCACCUGGGCUACAACAUCCAGUCCUGGGUGCUCUCCAAAUACAAUGGGGACUUCUCCUUCUGCCAUGCGGGGAAGAACACACCCCUGCAUGUGGUCCACAAGCCCAAGAGUCUAGGGCUACUCCUGGACUGGCCUAGUCAGACCCUGAUAUUUUAUGACCCAGACUCCAGUGCUGUGUUGCAUUCGGUCAGACACGCCUUUAGUGGCCCGCUGCUGCCAGCAUUUGCUGUGGCUGACCGCAGUGUCAGCAUACUGCACUGACCUCUGAAGUACUGUAACUGAAGUGUCAAUGAUAUAGAAUUACGGGUAACACUUUCAUAAGGCAUAUCAUAUGAGUUGAUAAUAUAACAGUGAAAGGGCUCAUUAAUGCUUACAACAAGUAGUAUGACAUUACACCUGCUGAUAAAAUGAUACUGAAUUACUUAUAAUAUUUGUACAUCCUACUAAUAGAAUACUAUCAAAGCUUCACAAUUUAUUUGAAUGUAAUCAAAUUGGCCAAAUUUAGGCCCCUAUGUCUCUCUGCAUUGAAUAGGUAUGCAGAAGGUUUUUUGAUGGGAGAUAUAUUUCUAAUUUAUUCUUUGUUUAUUUUAAUCUGAAGUAAUGAAUCUGUAGAGAUUUCUGUAUGAGUCUCUUGAUCAAAUUAUACAGUAGUCCUAAUGAGUCAUACUGUAGUCAUUUGAGAUAUAGGAGUAUGCUAUUUAUAUUUCUGUUAUUAUAUGUUAUGAUAAUUUACUGUAAGUUAAGUGACUGUUUGAUACCUUUUCUAUCUUUUAAAACCGACACCUGUCUGAAGGAAUGGUUGAUCCAUACGCAUACAAAUAUUUGUUAAUUGUCUGAUGUGCAAUGUAUGACUAUUGAAACUCACAUCCUACUUUCCAUCCAUCCGUCAAUGGGAAGAAAAUUAAUGAAACUCAAUGCAAGAGAUAGUCUAAAAAUGAACAGCAGGGGGCAAUGUAGUGUCAUAGUGAUGCGAAG